AUGGAUGAUCCAAUACGACUGAACCCGGCUAUGAAUGACCUAGCUGCCGCACUUACUGAAAGCUUCGAAGCACUUUUUACUCAAGCUUAUCCUUCUGGAUUGGAAGAAGAGCAUUGUGAGCAAUCACGUUUGAAAAUGGCUGAGAAAGCUUUAAAGGAUGCUGGGAUUGCUGAAAGAAAGAGAAUACGCGAAGAGAAAGCUGCUGAAGCUGAAAAGUCAAAAGAAGAAAAGCGUGAUAGACGACAAAAGGAAAUAGCUCUUUGGCAAGAAGAAGCUCUUGAAAAAGCACGAUUAAAAGCUGCUGCAAAAGCUAUCAAAGACGCCGAGAAAGCUGUCAAAGACGCUGGUAUUGCUGAGAGGAAGAGAAUACGCGAAGAGAAGAAGAUAAAACCUCCGAGUGUACAAGGUUGA